AUGCUUAUCAUUGAUAGGGACGAGAAAAGCAUAAACGUGCUGAACAAACGGAUCGAUCUCCUGGAACAAGCUCUGCAAGGGCAGGCGGAGGGGUCGAGCACUGUGUCCCUCCAGCGAGGUAGCAGCGACCGCCAGUCACUUCCCGCACCUGCCACAACUGCCUCACAGACCGAGGCAGUGGAUCUCGAGUCCAUGAGAUACGGCGAAGAUGCUUUGGCGCAGGAGGUGAGGAAUGCGAAAGACUUCUCACUCAGCCAACUGGGGAGGAGAGGGCAUCUUGCCGAGGACUCGCCGUUAUCACACGCCAUAGACGCACUCGAUGGCGUCCUUGCGGAACUUGGUGAUCUGACCGAAGUCAUCAGUAACGAGGACCCUGCUGCAAUUUUGACAAAGGAUGAAGCGAAGGAGGCUGUGCGAGCGGCUUUGAACCUUCUAGCCGAUCAGUGUUUUAUGUCGCUAGUCGAGCUUGAUUUCAUGAUAUCUCUCAGCGAGAUCAUCACUUCGCCCCAUGUCCACAUCGAUCCUGCUGCUCGCCUCGUGUACUGCAACCUUGUCUUCCACGGAUAUAUGUUCAGCGAAGGCAAGACGCGCGCUGGAGCUCGCACACUCUACCUCCAAUGUCUCGUCGCAGUCCCGCCGUGGCAGGAAAGUGUCAAGGGCACCCUCAUGGACCUUGCUGCCACGUCGAUCUUGACGUGGACGACAGUCGUCAGCUUCGACUACAACCUUGCAUGGAAGUUCCAUUGUAUGGGCUGCCGGAUUGCAAAGCAGUUGGGCCUGCACCAUCUUGAUGUCUUGGCUAGCAAGGAUAACAAAGAGGACUUCUCGCUCCGCAAGAAGCGAUCUGGCUUUUGGCAGAUUGUCAUCACUGACCUCUUCUUCCGUCUCUGCUAUGAGAAGCCUUCGGCUAUCAGUGCUGAGGCAUCGCCAACGUUUGUCAAGAUUCCAGAGGUAGUGGACCUGGUGUACGAGCGACCUCGGGCUGCCCGAACAGUCACUGACAUCUUCUGGACUCGAGUGACUUUCAUAGCAAAGACUUUCUUUGAGGAGCUCGAUCAGGCUAGGAAAACAAGAGCCGGCAUUGCAUCAAGCGAGUUCCAAAGCAAGGUUGACGAGCUGUGCGAUGAGAUCGAGGAGAUGAUCAAUGACUGGCAUUUAAUAUUGCUCAUGCAAGCACAGAAGGACAAGCCGAUCGAGAGCUGGCAAUAUGCUGACACCAUCAUCGGCGGCCUCAACAUAGUACUGCAGAUGGACAAGCUACGACAGAUCAGCAAUGCAAACAUCGUCUCAGCACGUUCAGUACGAGCUGCUCGUGUUGUCCUUGACGCCACCGACAAGCUGGAUCAGAUGACAGGCGACCACAAGGCUUACGGUGCCUUGAACACCUAUUGCAUUGCAUUCUAUCCCUUCCGAGCGUUUUUCUCCUUGUACUAUCACAUUCUCAAUUCCAAGGAUGCUAUGGAGUACAGGGAGGACAUUCGACGACUUGAACGGGUGGAGGCCGUCAUGGACAGGGCAACGCAAACACGAUUCGAGUAUAUACCGAUCUCCAAGGCCAUCUCUUCCCUCAAUCAGGUUGUGAAGCAUAUUCAGCAGAUGCAGGUCUCAAGUCCACAAAACUUCUGGCAGACGCAUUGGCAGCCUGCCGCAUUCUCGUCGUCAGACCCGCGGUCAGCGGUAAUAUCAACCUUGACACCGGACAGUCAAGACCAGCACGCGAGUGCUGAUGCCACUUCCACGUCCCUGGAUUACCAGCCAUUGGGCAUCACUCAUUCACUGCCAGACUUUGGAGAUCUGCAGUUCUCGACAGCCGCGGACCUGCAGCACGCUGCGGCUCAACCUGAUUUUCAGGGUCUCGAGUACAUGCAGGCUAUUGAAACCCAGUUCACGGGUGGGAACUGGCAUUACAACUGGUGGGAUGUCAAUGAUGACGCGAAUAUAGGGUGA